AUGCGUGGCCUUAAGGAUGCGCUCGACCGCUGUGAGCCAACGCUGCCAAAAGAUGUUGACCUGCUUAAGGAUCCUGUUGUGGCUGCGGAUGGCUUCACCUACUCGAGGGCAGCCAUUGAGGAGUGGCUGCGCCGUGGCCACAAUACUUCACCCAUGACCAACAAACGGCUGGCCAACAAACAUUUGGUGCCAAACAAUGCCAUGCGGUCUAUUCCGCUGAAAUGGAGGGACGCAAAGGACUUUUGUGAGCUGUUCAAGCGAGCAGACACAAUCGUCAAUUGCCACAGAGAAACGUACAACAAUGACAACAUCCGUGUGUCGGCAUGGGAUGGCCCCAACCGACGCAUUGCCUUUCUAGCACCCUAUCAGGCCCCAGGCUGGGUCAAGAAGACCAUCGGGUACGAGGUGGUCAAGGUGGUGGAGCAGCAGCACCUGGAGAUUGAGGGGGAGGAGGGAACAGUGAAGAGCAUGACCAUGACUUCCCACCCCAGCCUGUUUGUGCCGGGCAUGGGGGAUGUGCCCAUCGGGGAUGUGCGCUUCCAUGUGACUGCCGUAGGAGAGGACGGAGACUCCUGCAAGGUCUGCACCAAGCUGAAGUGCUCAGCCGAGCAGUUCAAGUGGCUGUGGGCCAUCCGCAGCAUCGUUGAGAAGAUCAUGCUCCGGGAGUGCCGCACGGUGGCCGACAGAUUCGUGGACUACUGCAAACGUGCCGCCAAAGAAGGCGCAGACCAGAUGAGGGCAGAGGCGCUGAAGGACAUGAAGCCUUUAAAUUUGGGGCGGCUGCCUUCCGGCGGCGAUAUCACACUCAGCUCACGCAGCACGGACCCCGCCAUGUCAGCGCGCGGCGGCUCCGGGGAAGCUUCCGUCGGGGGCGGCAUCACCGCACGUUCCCUCUCGAUCGCCUCCUGCAAAUCGAUCUACUACGAUGCCAGCGAGGACCUCGAGGACGGUGCCACCCCGCGCUCCAGCCGGUGGCAGAGCCCCGAUGCGUCUCCCUCCAAGCUGGGAGGAGGCAACGCCGUCAGCAUGAUGGUGCACGCCGGAGUUCAGACGUCGCACCGCCGCUUUGAGAGCCUGGAUGAGCUCUUCUUCCACGGCAAAAACCCCCAGACUGAGGGCGGCAACACUGCGCAAAAGCCCCGCCGUGUCGCCCCUGAAGAGCCGGAUGUGCUGCUUCGGCAUCCCAGAACACUCCACGAUACACUGAUCGCCCUGGAGCAGCAGCUGCAGAAGGUGGAGGGAGAUAUAAACAGUCUACUGGCAGCUGUGGAGCAGAGAGGGCAGCACAGGCGGCCAAUGGGAACUUGCGGCAUGGCAGAUUGGGAGCUGCUUCUGACUGGGGCAGCAGCAGGGGCCGGCCUCUGCUGCACGGGUUUCUGGCUUGCUUGGAGGCUGCGAUACCUCCGGGGAUAA